AUGUCGAUAACGGGCUCGCUGGUGGGGUACGAGACAGGAGGUGAUUUGUCGAUGGUGUCGAAGAAGAACCGAUCGUUGCUCAACAUCACCGCCACAUCGAACGCCUCAUCGAAGCAGUGUCAAAGCCUGAACUCGAGCAUAUCGCACAGCAGCGUCGUCCUGACGGGUGGUAACACCUCAGCGACGUAUGUGGCCGGUACGGGGUCACUGCGCCGCCAAACCCAACCACCAACCGAUACCGACCCUGGCAAGUACCGGCGCCGACGGCUUCACUUGAACACGCUCUGGUCCAUCUGGUACGGUAUCCUUGUGACGCUGCUGCAGGGUUACCUGAUCGUGCAGGGUACGCACCGGUACAUCGGCUUGUCCGCGGUUAGCUGGAAGUACGAGAAACCCACGACCGAGCUGGACAUUCAGAUCGUGUUUUGUGGGCUGGUCGUGCUGUUUCUGCCGCUUCUGCUCGCGUCGGCUCUGUUCCGUGUCGGCAAUCUCGCGAACGAUGGCAUGAAGCUAGCAUCGGGCACCAAACUAUGGCACGGACCUUCAGCUUCAGCCGGCCAUGACGGUCUCGAGGAGGAAGCCUUCGAAGGAACGCUACGCUCGCUGUGGAUUCACGGUGGUCCAACGUCAGCGUUCAUACAUAUCAUUACCGCAAUCUGCCUGCUGUUGCCUCGGCUUCUACUCGAGGCAAAGGUGAUCGAAAACGCCCUUCUUCCGAGAGAAAAUGUUUGGCGCACGGAUCUCGACUUCAUGGUCACGCACAGCGAUCGAUUGGUGGUGUUGUCGUUCAUGACCUCUUCGCCUACCUACGCCAACUCAUCCACGGCCCGGCCAGCUUUGAGUGAGCUAGAGCGUAGGCUUUAUCGCAACGGUUACUUCGAGCAAAGUGACCUGGUGGAGAAGUUUUCUGACUAUGAUGACGCUCUUGGCUCGCUGGAUACGAGUGAUGAGCUUUUCCGCACGCACGAAGCACUCGAGAUGGGCACCCUGUUCAAUGGAGGAUCCUCGAUUGCCAUCUCGACGAUGGAAAACUUCAACCCACAAAGCGUCGACGACACGUCCUCGGAUCGCACGUUGCCACCGGUACGCAGUCUUAUCACGACGAGUACCACGGCCACCCCGGUCAGGUUGAAACAUCCUGGAUCUUCCGCGAGCACAAGCCUAGAACGAUUCGGUGGCUCGUCCGGCAGCCGAGAAAGCCGUCGUAGAGAACCACACCGCAACGGGCAUCAUCGGAAGUCGUCGGGAAACGGAAAGAGCCACCCGGCCAGUAAGGGAAAGACUCACCACGCCAACCAUCACGGUCAGCAUCAUCACGAACAGGCGCGGAAUCGCUACGCUGAGGAUAUCGACACCCGGUUGGAGUUAGAAGAGCAACGAGAGCUAGACUGGAGCAUGCUGAACCAACCGGAAGGUACACCAACUCUCAUCGAACCAUCAGGGCCUGCUAAAAAAGGCACUGCAUCAAAGGUGCGACCAUCCAGUUCAACUAUCGCUGCCACGGCAUCAACUGGGACGAUGAGAAGCAGCCCGCCAAGUACGCGGGCGCCCACAACUACACCAAUGACAACCACAACGACGAUGACGACGACGACAAAAAAGGCACCAUCGGCCAAGGACAGCGACAUCCACAUACUGAAGCCAGUUAACCUGCCGGAGAACAUCAUCCCAUCCACGCCGGUCACGACCAAUUCGAAGAUCAUCGAAAUCAAACCCAAAACCUCCUCUGGAUCAAGUCCUGGGAAGCCAUCCUCAACCGUGAGCCGCAAAAGUAAGCGCUCAGAACCGCGCACGCCGAUGGGGCAGGACUUUAGCAGCGAAAGUCUCGAGAGCAUCGAAAGCAUCCCGAGCGUGGAUGAGGACGAAUUCAUCAUCAAGGACGAGAACGGUAUGGAGAUCAAGCCGGCCUUCUUGAUCGGGGCGGCACCUGGCAACCUCACACUACGUCCAAUGCAGCUGUCCGGUUUUCCGGCCAUCCUGGCGCAGGUGUUUGGAUCACCGAUCGACCAGCAGUUCAGCGCUGGAUCAGCUUGGGCCACCGUACCGAGCAUCGAGUUUGUCAACCUGGCCAUUGCACUCGCCGUGUGGGCCGUUCGUUAUCCGUCCGUGUUCUGGCACACAUCAAAGUCCUUCGCCUGCUUGUUCAGCCUACAGAUGAUCGCGAACGGGGUGGACAUCCUUCUCAGCUUCGCAGGCGCUAGUGUCCUGUACAAACUGCAAACACUUGGGCAGGCGUUACCUCUGCAGGCACCAGCACUAAUCCUGAACGGCACCGUUACGAUCGCACUCACCAUCCUUGCGCUUAUCCUGACGAUCGCAUCCUCGAUGGUGCUAUACCUGUACGGGCAUGGAAAGCUGGCGGCAAAAGUGCGCGAUCGACGCAUGAUCACGGCGAAGCAGAGUGCGGAUGUGUGGGCAUAUUUUGCGCACUGUUCUUCCUUGUGCUUCGUCCUCGCGCUGGCCGUCGUCAAGGCUCCAUUGAUGCACGAUCUCAGCGCCACCUACCGAGGAAGUUUGGAUGGAGCCGUUCUAGCUGCUGCUCUCGGGUCCGUGAUACAUCUGUUCCUGUGGAUCGUCCUGUGGCUGGGACUAACGGCCAAGCGUCGCUGGCACUUCAAACUACCUCCACUCGACGGAAGCCGCCUCGGAGGAGCAUCCGGUGCAUCCACCCAACCACUGCUCCGUGGCAAUGGAAGCCUACGAUCACCCAACGCUGCGCAGGUUACUGCCCUUCAGGGAGGUCACGGCCCUGGUGGAAAUGGCGGUGGACCCGCUGGUGCCGGUUCCGGUUCCGGAGGUGAAGAAGAAACGAUUUACUGGCCUAAAAUCGCACCGAACUCGCCCAAGCUGAAAGUAACAUUCAACGAAGUAACCAGUACGUCCACCGAACACGCUCACGGUCCCCAUGAACAAGGCAGCAAGCGCCAUCCGUCCGGUGGAACCACGAUACGUAUGUCCGGUCUUACGGGGGAAGCUGACGACGGAGACUACGCUACGCUAAGAGGUCCUGCUGGUGAUCUGCUCCAUCUCGGUCCGUACGAACAUCUCGCUCCUUCCGGUUCACCUCCGCCACCUCCACCACCACCACCCCAGCUGGACGAUUGCGAUCUGCUAGAUGAAGCCAGCAAUAGUAACACGCUCGUUGGCAGUUGCAACGACCACGCUGAUGAUACCUCUGAAGAGGGUAAGCUGUUGGCUUGUGUGCGGGACGACAGCGUAACGUACGCAUCUACGCGAGAUCUGGAACCACCGAUCAGUCGCACGAUGUCACGUGAGACGUUUAUGCGAUCGCCGGAGCAACUCAGCAGCCCCCUAGCACCAGUCACCGUCACUGUUCACAAUCAUCUAGAGAAUUCGGGUCUUGGAUCAACACCCCGGUGCCUGCGUAGGGCUGAUUCUGGCAUGCCAACGGAAGCAUUGACACCCCGGUCCGAUUCCACCUCGACGGAAAGCUCCACCUCACCGCCAGAUUGCCGUGACGCACCGUCCGAAACUUCGAGCGGUGUCCACUCGGGCGAGGAACGCGACGAGGUAGUCAUACGACCCCGUUCCGGUCCCUAUAAAUCCAUCAUAAAAGCACCACCACCUGCGAUCCAGGAGGAACCAUUUGGACGUUCCACAAACAUGAAGAUGUCCAGUUUCAACAAGGAUGGUACGAGCGCGACCUUACCAUUAUCGCGUGGUGCCUCCGACAUGCACCGAUCGGACUAUCCCCAAUGCAGUACCAUGCCACUUCCGGCAGGCUAUCAUCAGCAGCAUCAACCGCAUCAUUACCACUCGCAGGCAUCCUUCACGCAAGCACCACCCGGUACUGGAGGCGCUCGACAACCGGUGCAACAGCACACAACCCUACCGAACGGGUUGCGGUACGCCACAUCCUCGAACCAGUUCCUGAAGCGGUUACCGUACAUGAAGAACGCAGAGUCACCGUACGGUCACUUGGGGCUUGGAGCUGGACACCAUACGUUCUCGAAGCUUCUGCACGACCCACUGGGUAUGCCGAACCAAGGUGGCAUGCCGGUGCAUUCGCAUUCAAGCCAUAGCACCUUCCUGCCACCGGCGACCAUACCGGAGGAUCGCGAUUCAGCCAACUACUCGAUGAUCUCCGAUCAGGACCGGGAGAUGUACAUAAACGCGGCACAGAUCAACGGAAUGCAGCUACAGCACUAG